AUGCCUUCCAAAUACACCGCAUAUAUACUCUUCUUGCAGACAAUUGCAUUGGUGGUACAUCAGAUCAAUGCAUUUCCGAUGCCUGAAGGACCGCAAGACAAAGCAGUGUCUAACCGGGAAUUGUCAGCCGAAAGACCGGUCGAAGAACAGGAACUCUUCGGUCAAUCCACGUCUAUAGAGGACAAGGUCCCGCUGCAGAAUAAUUCGUUUGCAGAUGACUUCAUGCUGCUGAAAUCGUUGGCGGAAAAAGAGAGAGAGAUGGAAGAUUACAUCACCAAAAACUCUCCAAGCGACCCCUCUCCUUCCCCGGUCAAUGUCGAUUCCACCAAGAGCAGGAGACUGGCGGAGGAUUAUGACGAUUCCACAAAAAAUGCAAUGGAUUACAAAGAUGAAGAUGACCCAGAUGGUCUACACCAACUGGAUGGGACACCCUUAACAGCUGAAGAUAUUGUCCAGAAAAUCGCCAGUAGGAUCUAUGAAGAGAACGAUAGAGGGGUGUUUGACAGGAUCGUUUCCAAGCUCCUAAAUUUAGGACUGAUAACAGAAAAUCAGGCUAACAAUCUGGAGGAAGAAGUUGCUGUUGCUCUGCAAAAAAUUAUUACCAAUGAAGCUCGUAAGAACAAAGUGAGGGUUGAAAAUGAUGAUUACCCUGUUGAGAAGACAAAUGAAGACUUGAGUGAAGGAGAAGGGGAGAAGGAAGUGAGAAAAACAAAACCUACAAAGAAACAAAAUAAGUCUGUGAAGGGGGAGAGCAACAGUGCUCCAGACUAUGGCUGGGACUUGGACAGUAACAAGAACCAAAGAGGGAAUGAAUUCACUGCUGAAGGCAUGGAAGAUCUUCAAUACUUUCCAAACUUCUACAACCUGCUGCAAAGUUUGAACACAGAGCAAGAUGCAAAGGAAAAGGAAACUCUGGUAACUAUCAUGAAAACGCUGAUUGAUUUUGUGAAGAUGAUGGUAAAAUAUGGAACAAUAAAACCAGAAGAAGGCGUUUCAUACUUGGAGAAUUUGGAUGCCAUGAUUGCCUUGCAGACAAAGAGCAAGCUUGGUAAAGUCAAACCUUACGCCACAAGCAAGGCAGCAGCAGGUGUCACGGAUGACUUGGAUAGCACAAAGAGCUACUUUGUAAAGCAGGACAAAGAGAAUGCAAAUUCUGAAGACUCCACAAAAGAGGAAAUGGAUAAACCAGAAAACUCAAAAGGUUUUGACAAAACAGAGUCUUACCUUUCAGCAAUCAGAAAGAAUAUUGAGUGGCUGAAGAAACACAAGCAGGAGAAUGGGGAAGGGUAUGACCUUCAGAAGCUACGUGACAUCAUUGAUCGGCAGGUUGACAACUAUGUACAGAAAGGGAUACUGGAGGAAGGAGAAGGAGAUGUUAUCAAAAGGAUUUAUAAUAGCCUGUGAAAUCCUCCAGUGCAAAGGGGAAGCGAUCUUUUACCUUCAGUGAUGGCCAACAUUAUAAAUUCACUCAAAUAUAGUUUGUAUUAGAUUCUUUAAUAAGCUUUAUUUUUUCCUUGACUAUUCUGUAGUGGCAAGCAGAUUCCAAACUGGAAACGGGGACAAA